AUGUCGAGCAUCUCGCAGUCCAUCAAGAACUUAAUCCGGCACGGAAAAGGUGGCCGAGCAUCACAACCUCAAGACGACCCCACUACCCACGUCUCGCCCGUCAACGUCCACAACAGUCGACAUCAAGAACAUGCCCCGCCACAGCAUCCAAAUAACCACUACGCAAACAGCGAUCCGACCAUGAACCAGCAACACCACCAGCCGCAUGCCGCCGACGCAUACUCGACCGCAGAUCUCGACAACCGGAAUCGCGGAGCGCAGGCAGGACAUGUUGCAGCACAUGCCGCGGAGCACAAACAGAAGAAGACGAAGAAGGUAGACCAUGAAGAGUUAGCUCGGAUUGUCGCGGAAGAGAAUGAGAGCAAGGGAAAGCUGCCAAGAUACCCAGACCUGCAAAGAUGGCAGCUCAUCGAGAAGAUGGGUGAUGGCGCUUUCAGUAAUGUCUACAGGGCACGGGAUUUGGAAGGACAAGCAGGAGAGGUCGCCAUUAAGGUCGUCCGCAAGUUCGAGAUGAACUCUGGUCAGAGAGCCAAUAUUCUCAAGGAGGUUCAGAUCAUGCGCCAGCUAGAUCAUCCUAACAUUGUGAAACUGGUUGACUUUUCCGAAUCGAAACAGUACUACUACAUUGUGCUGGAGUUGGCACCAGGAGGAGAAUUAUUCCAUCAGAUUGUUCGUCUCACAUACUUCAGUGAGGACUUGUCAAGACAUGUCAUUACACAAGUCGCACAAGCACUCGAAUACCUGCACGAGGAGUGUGGUGUUGUUCACAGAGAUAUUAAGCCAGAAAACUUAUUAUUCUCGCCCAUUCCACACAUUCCAACAAAGAACCCAAAGCCUAAAGGACCCGAAGAUGAAGACAAGGUCGAUGAGGGAGAAUUUAUUCCUGGCGUUGGUGCAGGUGGAAUUGGUAAAAUUAAGAUUGCGGAUUUCGGCUUAAGCAAGAUCGUGUGGGACAACCAAACAAUGACGCCAUGUGGAACAGUUGGCUACACCGCACCUGAGAUUGUCAAGGACGAGCGAUAUUCGAAGAGUGUUGAUAUGUGGGCUAUGGGAUGUGUACUCUACACAUUACUCUGUGGAUUCCCGCCAUUCUACGAUGAGAGCAUCCAAGUACUUACCGAGAAAGUCGCCAGAGGUCAAUAUACCUUCUUAUCCCCUUGGUGGGACGAUAUCUCCAAGUCUGCUCAAGAUCUGGUAUCUCACCUUCUCACCGUUGACCCAGCAAAGCGUUACACGAUCAAGGAGUUCCUAGAGCACCCAUGGAUCAAGAACACCAGAGAACCAACAUAUGCCGCUCACGAUGCUCCACCACUUGCCACACCAGCAUUCGAGCGCCAAAAGCAAUUAGGUAUCAACCCUGCGCUUCUCGAGUCACCAGGUGCCGGAAAGCGUAUGGAUUUCCGUAGUCCUGGCCAAGUCAACCUGCGCGAAGUCUUCGAUGUCAGUUAUGCCGUCCACAGACAAGAGGAAGAAGGCAAGCGCCGCAAGAACUUCAAGCCAGGAUACCGCAACGCGGCAGCCAUGAACGGUCUCAACCCCAUCGACGACGAUGAAUUCGACGAGGAGGAAGAGUACCAAGAAGACAACGGCAUUCCUUCCAAGGUACCAAAAGCCCGCGAUGCUGAUGUCCACCAAGUCGAGCAGGGUCUGAGAAAUACCAAUCUCAAUGCUGCGGCGGCGGCGCGGGCUCCUCCUGCUGCACAGAAGGGUUAUGGUCAGCAUAGUGCGGCGGUCACGGCGGCUGCUAAGCAGCAGGUGCGCGCGAGAAAGGGGAACUUUGAGUUGAGUCUCGAUAAUGCGACGUUGCUUGGAAGGAGAGGCAAUAAGGGACCUAGUGGACUGCGGGAGUCGACUAUGGCUGAGUGA